AAAAAAAUGUAAUAAACAGAAAUGAAUUGAUAGAAUGGAAAAUUAAAUGCAGGAAAAGAAUAGGGUUGAUUGCAGAGCGGUAUCCCUCCUUUGUGGGGGGGAUCAGUUGUUGCUUCAGCAGUAGGGUAGGCUACUUGUUCUUGUUCUAGGCGACUUUAAACUUGACAAAAUCGCCGUCAUUGAUACAUUGUCUAUGUUUCUCGUCUCAUUUGGUCCCAUUCUAUUCGGAUUAUUUUAAUGCGGAUCCUUCGCUCCUUAUUCCACACAGAUUUGGGCCCGCAAAAGACGAGGCCUCUAUAUUUUCUUUAUCUUUAUAAAAACGCGUACUCAUUUUUUGUCCAAAACUCCUCUCAGACGUGAUUCAUCGUGAUAUGUCUCAAAAUCUAAACAAAAGGAACGACCCCUCAAAACACGACAGCUACCGAUAUACAGCAGUGGUGGAUGAAGUGAAAGGAAUCCUACGAGGGACGACUGGAGCACUGGAGCUGACGGCCUGGACAGAGGAACAGGUAAUGGUGAGAAAAGAUGUCAGAGCAAAGGCAACGUUCCCUGUCCACCUCAGGAGAGACCCUCUAUCUAGUCCUGGGCCUCGACAAGACUUCUACACCGGAUGACAUCAAGAAGUCCUACAGAAAACUUGCUUUGAAAUAUCAUCCAGACAAGAACCCAGAGAACCCGAACGCCACAGAUAAAUUCAAGGAGCUCAACAAUGCCCACUCCGUGCUGUCAGAUGCCUCCAAGAGGAACAUCUACGACAGCUAUGGUUCCCUCGGUCUGUACGUGGCACAGCAGUUUGGAGAGGAGAACGUCAAUGCUUAUUUCAUGCUUUCCAGUUGGUGGGCAAAGGGUCUGUUUGCGGUCUGCGGCGUGCUAACUGGCUGCUACUUCUGCUGCUGCCUGUGCUGCUGUUUCAACUGCUGCUGUGGGAAGUGUAAACCCAAAACUCCUGGAGAGGAGGACCCCGACACCUACGUGUCCCCUGAAGACCUGGAAGAGCAGAUCCGCACAGACAUGGAGACAGACGCUGACGACGUCCCCAUAAUACAGCAGCCAACCAAUGCAAGCGAGAGGACCGGGUUGAUUGGUGACGGACGACGGGCCUAUACCUAACACAACUAAGAAGAAAGACCGGAGGACUGGUGAUGUCAUAGGGAUUCCAGAACUGGCUUUAAAUACCUGUAUUUGAGUAUUUGUUAUUUGAAUACUUAUUUCGAUAUAUUUUAGUAUUUUAAAAAAAUAAUGUGGCCUGAAUCACUUACAACUAAGUAUUUGAAAGUUUUCAAAUAAUUUCCUAUAAAUAGCCUACUAUUUAACUUGUUUCAAAAACUAUUUUCCAAUACCUGGGUUAAAUGCAUGGUAGUGUAUUUGAGUCAUUUUAUUUCUGUAUUUUCAAAUGCAUUCCAAUAUUCAACUACUUGUCUUUUCAAAUAAAACAUAUCUACUUACUUCCAAAUGUAUUUUAAAGUAAUUUAAAUACCCUAAAUAGUAUUUGAACCCAGGAUCUGAUGAGAUUCAUUCCUUGACCUGGUAGAUCCCAAAAGGGUUCCAAUUACAUUCCACCCCUUGACUACACUUUGUAAAUUCUGAAUGAGUGUUAGUUUGUGUGCAUUGUUUUUGUUUGUUAUUUAUUCUUAACAAAAUACAAAGUAUCCCUAGAAUUGUGCAUUUAAAAUUGUGGCUGUGAAAGAAUUGAGAGAUUUUGUCAUGUGAGCAAUAAAGACUGCCCUUUUUGAAAUGUUA